AUGCUUAGCCGUUUGGAUCCAACAUUUGGCCGUUUUCUAUGCCUUCCAGUUGCUCGCUCGUCUCCUGUCUGCGGAACGGGAGAGGAUAAUAAUGUUCGUCAGCAAUACAACGAAAACACAGCUUUUAUUGAUGGAUCUAUGGUUUAUGGAAGCAGCCAUCGAGACCAAUUUGUUUUUCGCCAGGGUGCUUUUAUGAAAACAAACGUCCUUCGUUCCCGUGUAUUUCCACCCGUCGACAAUAAUCAAAAUAUUAUUGCUGGAGAUGAUAGAGCGAAUAUUUUUGUUGGUUUAGCUGCUUUGCAUACUCUUUUUGUUCGGGAACAUAAUCGGUGA